UGAUUCUUAAGGCACCUGCGGAUUCAAAAUGAAAAGAAAAUCAAACAGAGAUCGAUUUUAUGCUGCUUAGAUAAUGUUGAAAAGGGUAACAAAGUUGUAAAUACCCGAGGGCAGAUUCAUGUACCGAUCAAACAUGUAGAAAAAUCUUGUGACAUUUGAGAGAGCUAUUGUUUGCAUAGUAAAAAACCAGUGGGACGUUGGACCUGUGCGAAAAUCUUCAAAAUCUUGUAAAAACGGAAGGAAUUUAUGUACAAUGGCACAGCGGUCGGUUAGACGGGAUUAAUCGCGGUACGACCUCGGGAAUAAAAAAGAUAAAUGUACAAAAAAGGUUUCGUAAACAAUCUAAAAUUGUGUGUCUUUUCAACAGAUUAAAGAAAAUGUGUUAAAGAGAAAGGAGAGUUUAAAAUGAAACAUUUAUUUGAUGUGCGGUAUCAGAUGUCUGACUUUGUUCUCACAAGUGCACUUACAACAAAUCAAACUUUUUGACAAACUUUAAACUACAUGCUUUUGAAUUCGUAUAAGUCAAAAAGAAGAAAAAGCAUCUGUUGUUGAAUAUACAAUCCCAUGACAAGUGAAAUGUUAGAUCGUGUUUACGUUGGUGCGGAGCCUGAUGUGUUCUCGGACGUACGGACGAACGGUAUAGAGAACGAGAAACAUUAUGACACAAAUAUAAACCAGAUGGUACCGGACUCGUCUGCUGAGAACCAGACAAUUAUCUGUGCAGGGUGUGGAACCAGGAUUGUUGACAGAUACUUUCUGUUGGUUGCCGAGCAGCACUGGCACGUGCAGUGUUUGAGAUGUGCGGACUGCAAUAUUCAGUUAGAUACACAACUGACUUGCUUUAUUCGAAAUGGUCUAAUUUUCUGCAAGCAAGAUUAUCACAGGAGAUAUUCUUUGCAAAGAUGCUCUCGUUGUCAUGUGGGCCUGUCCGCGCACGAGCUUGUGAUGCGCGCCAGAGACUGUAUUUACCACAUAGACUGUUUCCUGUGUUUCUCGUGCAAUAAACCACUGACGACAGGUGACACAUUCGGCAUCCACUGUGACCAGGUAUUCUGUCAGGAGGAUUACGAACAUUUACUGAACAAUUUUAACACAGACACGAGUUACUGUAGUGAUUACAGCAGCACGGGUUUUCCUGGUAACAUGGCUGAUAUGUUGACAUUUUGCGGGGAACCAAUGACAAAGAGCCGCAGCCGGAAACGGAAACACUUACUUGCUCCCGACGGGUGCUUACAGACCUUAGGCAUAUUUACAAACGAGCGUGGAGAGAUAUUGUCACGUGAUGCAUUUAGUACUAGUCAUCCUCCGAGGCAAAAAAGAGUGCGCACAUCUUUCAAGCACCACCAGCUUAGAACUAUGAAGUCUUACUUUGCAAUGAACCAUAAUCCUGACGCCAAGGACCUGAAAGAACUAUCCAGGAAAACGCAGCUCAGCAAACGAGUUCUGCAGGUAUGGUUUCAAAACGCACGUGCAAAGUACCGACGAAGUGCCGCGAAACAAGGCACGGACAUUCCUGAAGACGGCGAUUCUAAGCCAGUUACAGAUGACGGCGACACGCCAUGUAGACCUCCAUCUGCUCUUUCUGACGCCAGUUCUAACCAUUCAGCGACCUCGUCUUUAGAUACGAACAACCAGUCAGUACUCUCGUCUCUGGACGUAACGGAAGACCGGGAUGAAAACUGUGAUGACAUUAACGAAAUGUUUUCUGAUGAAAAUUCUGCAUCGGGUUAAGCAGUAUACAGGAAAAUGGAAAAUACACCGAGAGCAUGUGUUUUAUACAGUUUCACGUCAGUGUUAGCACAAGAAAUAUCGCGAUGUUAUUCAUAUAUAAAAGUGCACUGAGGUUAAGUCUGGACAACGUGAAAUUCUAAAGAUAAUAAUUUCAUCCUUCGUGUUUUCCACACAAAAUAAUUUACAUUAUAAUUAUGUAAUAUAUGUUAUGAAGAAGUGCAUCAAAGCAAUGACACUAAUAUUAUUCCGUAGCUUUGAGCAGCAAACAAUGGUUUUAGUAUUUACCUGGAAGUUGAGUGUGCUUAUACAUGCUUAUAUUUCAAGAUAAACUCUCAGCAUGCCGCUGUUUGCGCCUACAACACCUUAAAAUUUUGUUAUGGAUGAAAAUAUGGGAUCUAGUCAGAACAGAUGUACCCCUAACAUCGAUGUUAACAAAUUUAGUGCUAGGCGUUUUACAGGAUCUAUAUGGGUUUUACAGUGCUUAAGUCAGUGCGGAUCACUUAGUAUUUUAUGUGUAUAUUGUUUUACAAGAAAUUACUUAAAAAGUGCAAUAAACAUUAAUUAUUUCAUUAAACAUAAUAUAAAAUGAUAUAAUAUAUAAAUAAAAUUAACAACCUUA